GAUCGCAGGGUUGACCAUCGCCGUACUCGACCAGCUUUGGAAAAUCGGAAAUGGGACAGCCGAGUUGAUUUCCAACUAUCGGGACUUUGACAGCGUAUGUAUCCGCGGCGCGGGGGUGAACGAAGAGUUGAGAGAUUGGGUGGCGCCAAACGAUUGUUGUGCAAGUAACUGAUCUCUGCCAGGACACCAAAGCGCUGGAGAACAAGAUCCGAGAUGAGAACAAUCGCACCAAAGCCUUGAGGAUGCUGCUGCUCGAGCCUUCCAGCGUGGGUGGCGAUCUUGGCGAAGUCUGGCUGAGCCGGAGAACACCUCUCGUCCUGACAAGAAGCUUAGGCAUAUGGCGGCAAAUCGCUAUUCGAGCAGUUUGACGUUGAAGUGCAAAAGCAGAUCCACAUUUUUCUCGAACAAGCAUCGGAUGUGCUGGACCAAGCACACCAGCUCAUGCAACGUCGUCAGGGGGGCGGGCAGGAUUCCGAGUCAAGCCUCCAGAUGAAAUUUCCCCUGUUGCCAGCCAGGUCAUCCACCUCGAGUAUUGCUUCCCUGACAUCGGAUGCAUCGGGCAUGAAGCGGCCUCGGUCGUUUCAGCGUAUACGAUGGUCGCUGCUCGAUAAGAAACGUGUGGAAGACAUCGUCGCCGAGUUCAGCGAGCUCAACUCGCGCAUUCACGAAAGCAUCAAGCUCUGGUGUCUCGGAACGUCGAUAGGGGUCGACUUGCGGCAUCUCCGGCACCUUGAAAGCGACCCCAACUCCCGAGUUCUGGGUUUUCAUGUUGAUGCGCGACUGCAGAUCGCAACGACCCAGACGGCGGAACAUGCCACAAGCCUGGAAAUAAGUGGCUCAAAACUAGCACGAUCGCUGCCCAACAUCCUCCGAGUAGGUGAAAAGUUCGGCAUCCUUCGCAUAAACGGGCAAGCCUUCCUGCUCGAAUAUCGUUCCUAUUCGCCAGAGGCGCCCGUUCCCGUCGAACUGGACGAUCGAACUCGAGACCUUAUCGACAAACUCGCGAACCUGCUGCAUCAGCCGAAGGAAAUCGGCUUCCGGACACCAAGCUGUGUGGGCUGGUUUCGGGAGACGAAUGAAAACAGGGUCGCCUAUGUCUUCAACAUCCCUGAAGGAUUUGAUGCUUCGCCUAUCAGCCUGUUGGAUGUCCUGCGGUCGAAGGACCUGGCAGCGCCGACUCUCGGCCAGAAAUUCUGGCUGGCCCUGAGGCUUUCUCGAUGUAUAUCGCAGCUUCAGCUGGUAAAAUGGGUAAGCAGUCACCUAUUAGGCGGUUAUUGGGUUCUCCGAUGCAAAGCAUGGAAGACUUAAAAGCUCGACGAGUGGCCUAACCCUGGUAGGUUCAUGAGAGUUUCCGCAGCGAGAACAUCCUGUUUUUCCCAAGGA